AUGGCAGGCGAGGCGAUGCAGACCUUUCGCGCGGGUGCGCACGUGUGGGUGCCUGACCCUGAGGUCGCGUGGGAGGAGGGGUGCGUGGUAGAGGACCUGGGGGAUGGCAAACUGGCCGUGAAAAUCGAUAACCCCGCCAAGCCGGACCUAUGGGAGGUGCACGCGUCGCUGUGCUGCAUGCGCGAGCCCGAGGGCCCGCUGCUGGACGACAUGGUUCGUCUCACGUGCCUGCACGAGCCUGGCGUGCUCUCUAACCUCUGCCGCCGCUACCGCGCCAACCUCAUCUAUACCUACACAGGGUCCAUCCUGAUAGCGCUGAACCCCUUUGUGCGCAUACCCGGGCUGUACGACGCUGCAAUGAUGCGCCAGUACCACGGCGUGCCGCUUGGCCUGCUCUCACCGCACGUCUUCGCCACGGCAGAGAACGCCUUCCGGGCCAUGAGGGAGGGGGGUCGCAGCCAGGCGAUUCUGAUAAGCGGGGAGAGCGGAGCUGGCAAGACAGAGACCACGAAGCUCAUCAUAGAGUACCUCGCCCGUGCUGCUGCUCACAGUGACCCCGCCUCCCUGCUAUCCCCCACCACCGUGCUCCCCACUGCCUCCGCCUCCCUCCCCGCUCUGCACAUCCACCCACCUGGUUCGCCCUCUGCCUCUCCGAGCAUAGAGUCCCUUGUUCUUCAGGCCAAUCCACUUCUGGAGGCAUUUGGAAACGCCAAGACUCUCAGGAACAACAACUCAAGCCGCUUUGGCAAGUUCAUCGAGCUGCAGUUUGGGCGCGGGGGUGGGUUGACGGGGGCGGCGGUGCGCACAUACCUGCUGGAGCGGUCGCGAGUGGUGCACAUUGCUGACUGCGAGCGCAACUACCACAUCUUCUACCAGAUGUGCCAGGGGCUCUCGAAUGAGGAAGCAGCAGCCCUACAGCUGCCCCCAGAUCCAAGCACACGAGCGCACCACUUCCACUACCUCAACCAGAGCUCCUGCUUCCACCUGCCCGGCCGCGCCUCUGAUGCCGACGAGUUUGCCGCCACCAUGGCAGCCAUGCGUGCUGUUGGCAUCACCGCACAGCAGCAGGACUCAAUUCUGAAAAUACUGGCAGCCAUCCUCCAUAUAGGCAACUUCACGUUUGAGCAGAGGGACUCGGACCUGGUACUGGAAGUGCCACAUGCAGAGGCGCACCUGGGUGCCGCUGCUGACCUGCUCAGAGUGGACAAGGAGGCGAUGCGAGAGUGCAUCACAGUUGUCACCAGGCGGGUGGGUCCGGAAGUCAUUCGCAGCCCAGCGGAUGACCGCACCGCCUGCUUGCGCCGCGACGCUCUCGCCAAGGCGCUCUACUCACGCGUCUUCGACUGGCUGGUGGAGUCGAAACAGCAGUUGGUAGAGCGCAUCAACGAGUCGAUACAGCAGACAAGCGGGGUGGAGGAGGGCCGGUGCAUUGGCGUGCUCGACAUCUAUGGCUUUGAACACUUUGAGACAAACAGUUCACACCCUGGCCAGAGGAUCGGCGAGGGCCGCCGACCGAGAGGAGUCGCACCACCAGAGUUCGCCAUUGAGGGCGAGGGGUUGGAGGAGGACGAUGAGGAGGAGGAGGAGGAGGGGGUGGAGGCAGACGCAACUGGUGGAGAGGAUGCUGUUGUUGGUAGUAGCAGUGGCGCCAUGGCCUUUGAGCAGCUGUGCAUCAAUCUGGCCAAUGAGAAGCUGCAGCAACACUUCAACCAGCAUGUGUUGAGGGAGGAGCAGCAGGUGUACGAGAGGGAGGGCAUCAAGUGGGACUUCAUUGACUUUGACGACAACAGCGACGUGCUCGAUGCCAUAGAAGGGGACAAGGGCAUCAUCUCAAUGCUUGACUCUGCCUGGUACGCCAUGCCCACGCCACCACACUCCCUCUCUCCCACCACUCCCCCACCAUGCAUACUCUAUCCCAUCCCAACGGCUCUCUGGGUUUCAGUGUCUUGUGCGCUACUCGCUGCUGAGUUCAUGGCCAAGAACACAGACGUGCGCUACUCGCUGCUUGAGUUCAUGGCCAAGAACACAGACGUCACCAUCCCAGAGCAGCAGCAGCUGCUAGAGCAAUCCUCAGACGACCUUCUCGCCGCCCUCUUCUCCCCAUCUCCCGCCAACCCUCCCACCACCCCCACCUCCCCCUUCCUACCCACCCCUGGUAGCCCCCUCCCCACCACCCCUGGCAAACCCCCCUUCCCUGGCGCCUACUCCUACAUAAACGCCGCCGUUGCUGCCACGGCUGCUGCUGGCGACGCUGGCAACGCCCCUCCCAGCCCCGCGACUUCCCUUUCAAGCCCGUUUGGUCAGCGCCUCAACGCCUUCAGAAGCCCCUCUGCCAGUGCUGAUGCGGGCGGCCCGGGCGGCGUGGGGCGGCGGCUGCUUGAAGGGCCUCAGAGCCCCCUGGGGGAUGGGCAGAGCCCGAGAGGAGUGGGCGGGGGAGGGGGAGUGAGGGGCAGUGCGGGAGGGAAGGGUGGGGGGUCACGCGUGACGUCUCUGGGCCGGCAAUUCAAGCUCCAGCUGGCGCAGCUGAUGAAGACGCUCUCCGCCAUGCAGCCCCACUACGUGCGCUGCAUCAAGCCAAACGCCGCCAGCCACCCGGCUGUCUUUGACUGGCUCUCCGUGGCCAGUCAGCUGCGCUCCGGGGGCGUGGUGGAGGCCAUUCGAGUGUGCUCUGCCGGCUUCCCAUCGCGCCGCCCCUUCGGCGACUUCAUCGAACGCUUUGCCCUGCUGCUGCCCCCUGACUCUCCUGCUGCUCUCAAGCUCUCAACGGCAUCGGAGCCUGACGUUGUGAAGGUCAUUCUCACCAAUGCCAAUCUGACAGGCUGGCAGGUGGGGCGAACCAUGGUGUUCCUGCGUGCGGGGCAGCUGCAGGCACUGGAGGCGUGUCGGUCGCAGCGGGUGGACGCGGCAGCAGCGGCCAUUCAGAGGGCUGUGCGGCGCUACCUGUGGCGCAAGCACCGUCUGCACGCCACCAUUGCCAUUCAGAGCGCCUGGCGAGGCUACCUCACUCGGAGUAUAAUGAGAGUGCAUAGGGAACGGAGGGCAGCAGUGUGCAUACAGAGCUGGUGGCGUGGGCUGGUGGUGCGAUGUGGCUUCCUGGAGCUGCGCCGCGUGGCCAUCCUGCUGCAGCGCCGCCGCCGGGGACAGAUGGCGCAAUAUGCGGAGGAGUGGCAGCAGCAGCACUGGGCGGCUAUCACCAUUCAGGCGCACUGGAGGGGUUACAGCAGUCGCCGUCCCUGGCAACUGCUGCAGCAGCACCUGAGGAUGAGAGUCGCCAGAAUGAGGCUUAACCGCCUCAAACGGGCAGCGCAGCAGCAGGCGGAGCUGGCCCCGCCGCGCAAGAAGUUGGACAUGGCUGUUGAUGCCAUUCGCCUGGCCGUGCUGCGCGUCAUGCGGGACAAGGCGGAGAGGGCAAGAGCAGCAGCAGAAGAGUCCGUAUCAGCCCUUCAGAGAGAGCUGGAGGCUCGCUCCCGCCAUGCCCACACCCUCGACCGCGACCUCCGAGCCACCCGCUGCGACCUGGAGAUCCGAACCUCUGAAGCCGAGGCUCGGAUUGCCGAACUUGAGGAGGAGGCUCGGGAGGCGGUUCGGCAGCGGCGGGAGUGGGAGGCUCGGGCGAAAGAGCAGGAGAUGGUUGAGAAGGAAGUGAGGGAGAGGAGGAGAGAGGUGGAGCAGUGGAGGAGGGAAGGUGAGGGGAAGGAUGGAGAGAUUAGGAAAGUGAGGGAGGAGUUGGAGGUAAUGAAGGAAAGGCUGAGAGAGGCUGAAGGGCAGGUGGUGGGAUUGAAGCAGGAGGUGAUGGUUGUUGAAGGGCGGGUUGAGUUAAUAAUGGAGGAGGCGGAGGGGGCUGAGAGGAGGGCGGAGGAGGAGAGAGCACGUGCAGAGGCAGCAGAGGGGAGGGCGGAGGCAGCAGAAAGAAGGGCAGAGGAGCUGAUGAGGCAAGUGCGGGAGAUGAAGGCAGAGCUUGAUGAAUCCGUCGCUGCUCUUGCUGCUGCUGCUGCUGCUGCUGCCGCUGCUGCUGGUGGUCACGCCUCUGGUGAUGCCUCUGCUGGUGCUUGUGCUGCUGUUGGCAGGCCUGGAACUGGGGUGAUCCCAGGGCAGAUGAUGAUUGAGUGGCACAGUGAGGAACCCAGCAGGGAAGCGCAGGCAGGGCGGGAACGGGAGAGGGAGAGGGAGAGGGUGGCGUUGUCGGGCCUGACACCGCCAUCAGUGGUGUCAGGCGUGGAGGAGACGUCGUCCUCAGUGGUGCUCAUGCGAGGGGAGGAGGGCGACACUCUCACUGACAUGAUCAGCGAACGAACCCCUGACGGUCUAAUCCCCGAUGAUGACGGGUACACCUACAUGUACCUCGUCUCCCCUCCUCCCCCACCUCCUCCUCCGCCCCUUCCGCCGCAUACCACUGCAGCAGCAGACAACCCUACCCCAGGAGGCCUCUCCCCGCCGCUUCCGGACUUCCCCCCGCAGCUCCCGGACUUCCCCCAGCCGCCUCCUCCAGCCUACCGCAGCCCGCCAGUGGGGAUGAUCGUGCCGCCACGCUGCCACUCCGACCGCCUGCGCUCCUCCCCCUCCACCUCCAGCGUGGGCUCCCUAGACGAAGACUGGAGCCUUAGGGAGGGGAUGCUGGGAGGUGCCAGGCCGUCAAUGGCAAUGCGCCUGGGAAUGGGGGGAACGGGGCCACCAGGGGGAUUCCGGGGUGGGCCUGGGGGAGGUGCGACCUGGGGCGGGUUUUUCGGCCGGGCAGGGAGCGCGGGAACGCCUUCUGUGGUGAGUUUCGGCGGGGGAAGCGGGGGAGGGCCAGGAGGUGCAGGAGGCAGUGGUUCUGCACCGAGCCUGCACCAGAUGAUAGCCUUGGCAGAGAAGGAUCGGGACAUGGCGGCGCGGCUGGGAGCGGAGGCGGACUGGCUGAGAGGGGCGUACAAGGAGACGCGGCAGGAGGCGAGUGUGGCGCGGGCGAGGGCGCGGCAGGCAGAGGCGCGGAUGGAGGAGGUGAGGCGCGAGCUGCUGCAGUGGCAGGCGCUGGCUGCGGAGCUACAGCAGCAGGUGCACUCGCUGCAGCGCCAGCUCGACAGGUGGGUUGUUGUGAGGGGGGUAGGUGGGGUGGUGGGGAGUGCUGAGGGGGAGCGGGUGGGCAGUUGGGCAGACGUGUUGGCACAAGCGAGAACACGGCAGGCAGAGGCGCGAAUGGAGGAGGUGAGGUGCGAGCUGCUGCAGUGGCAGGCGCUGGCUGCGGAGCUACAGCAGCAUGUGCACUCGCUGCAACGACAACUCGACAGCCUGCAGGUGGGGAAGAAGGAGCACAUGGAGGGGGCAGGGGGAGCAGGUCCGAGGGGCGUGCAGGAGAAGGGGCGAGGCAGGGAGAGGGAGAGGAGUGGGCGGCCGGGCAUUCUCACUCGCCGCCUGCUGCAGCAGCAGCCGCAGUAUGGCGGUGGGGGUGGCGGUGGUGGCAGUGGAAUGGUGCCCUCGUCUCCUGUAUCGCCCACGUCAGGAGCCAUGUCUGCCUCUGCUCCCUCCUACUCCUCCCAGGUGCAGUACCUGCUGCGCUACGUGGUACGACCGCUUGGUUUCACCCCCUCAGGCCACUCAGUGCCCGCCUGCUUCCUCUUCACCAUCCUCCGCUUCUGGCCGCACCUCUCCUUCCAUGCCCCUCCUCCCUCUUCUACCACCACUGCCAACACCACCAACGCUUUCUCGACUGCACUACCCAGCAACCUCCCUAGCACACCCACAGCAGCAGCAGCGGCUGGUGCUUCAGCCGCCCCUCCCUUCCUCCCCCCCUCCACCCCUUUCUCCCCCUACUCCCCUUACUCCCCCUACUCCUCCGCCUCCUCGCUCCCCUUCUCCUCUCUCUCCCCCUUCUCCUCCCUCUCCUUCUCCUCAUCCCCCAUACCGCCACACGACGAGGUGCUAUCAGCCAUCCGCACGGCCCUGCAGCGCUCUGCAGGGAGUCUGGAGCGCCUGGCGUAUUGGAUCUCCACGCUUGUUGCCCUGCACGCCCUGCUGCUCGGGGGUCUUAAGCCGGCUAGGUGGCAAGCCAUGGCUGCUGCGGCGGCUGCAGCAGUGGUGGGGGGAGGGGUUGGGGGAGGUGAGAUGGAGGCAGAUUCGCAGCAGGCGAAGGGGCGGGCGGAGGAGGUGGUGGGUUCUUCUGCUGUUGCGUCUCCAACGCUCAAAGCUCCUGCAUCUCCCAGUGAAGCUGCAGCAGCAGCAGCUUCUGCUGCUGAUGGGUUCACAGCCGCCACUGGUGCCAGUCCCACUCCUGCUACUGCUAGAAUCCCUGCCAGGGCUACGUCUGCCGGGAGCGCUGUGGGGGCAACCAACCCAGCAGCAUCAAGUAGCAGCAGCACGUCUGGCAAUCGCAGCAGCAUCAAGGCUGCGGCCUCUUUCUUCAGUGGGCUCUUCUCCUCCCGCUCCUCCUCCUCCUCCCCCGCCCCUCCCUCUGCUGCUUCUGCUGCGCCUGCCGUGCCGCCUCCGUCCCGUCCACCCCCUCGCCCCACGCAGAACAACAACCCUCCGCAGCACUCCUAUCCUCACUAUGCUCCUGUACCUCACUCGCUCGAUGUGGCCACAGCUUCUACUGCUGGACCUCCUUCCACCACUGCUAGUACCGCCCCCAAUGCGUCUCUCAAUGCCACUUCUGGUGUUGCUACCACCACUCAUAUCCCAGGAGCCCCACCGCCCUCCUCCUCCCUUCCCACCACUUCCUCCUCUCCUGUGCCUGCCUCUGCCUACGCUGUUCCGCGCGCCGGCACCACCAGCCUGGCGUGUACUCCCACGGGGCAGGACGCUGAUUCUGCUGCACCCGGACCCACUGGCUUGUUCGCAUUACCAGCGGAGACCAUGCUACUAGCACACAAGGUGGAUGCGUGUGUGCAGCAUGCAGUGGGGCUAUUCACGCACCACUGCACCUCGCAAGUCGCAGCCCUCCUGCAACCACCUCCACAGCAGCCGCAAUCACAUGGAAAUGAGGGGACGGCAGCAGAAGCAGCAUCUGGAAGGAGCACGAGUGGAGGUGCAUUGCCGAAGUUCCCGAGUGUAGCCCUGAAGGAGCACGUGGGCAGCACGUGGAGCAGCGUGGUGGGAGUGCUGCGGCGGGCAGCGCUGGUGCUGUUGGAGAACCAGGUGCCCCCGCCUGUCAUCCAGAGCGUGCUCAAACACCUCCUCGCCUUCAUCAACGUCCGAGUCUUCAACAGCCUCAUGGUGCGCAGCACGUGGUGUCCCUGCACGCACAGCAACGGCAAGCUGCUGUGCGACGCGCUCUCCCUCCUCAACCUCUUUCUGGAAGAGCUUCCCGAGGUGCUCUGGGAGCCGCUGCACGCUCACAGAGGGGCAGGGAUGGAUGGAGGGGAGGGGGAGGAUGGGAGAGAAGGGGGAGAGGAGAGGGGUGAGGAGGGGGGUGAGGGGGAGGGGAGUGAGGAGGAGGAGGAAGAUGCGGGGCAGGCGAAGAAGGCUGUGUGGCGCCACUUGAGGCAUCUGCAGCAAGCCGUAUCGCUGCUGGUGGGUGCUGUGCGGUGCUUGUGGGUGCAGUGUGCUGCUAUUCUCCACCUCCGCCAUGGAGCACAAGCCCUCGUGCUUGCUGCCGCACCAGUCCUGAGCCUCUGGUCCUCUCUCGUCUCAUUUAUACCCCUCUCUUUCCCCUCUCCUUCCCCCCUCCUCCCCCCCUUCCCCCCUCCUCCCCCCCUUCCCCCCCAGGCCAUGGAGCACAAGCCCUCGUGCUCACUAACACACCUGCGCUCGCUCUGCCCGGACCUGAACGCGAACCAGCUGGUGCACCUGUGCGUGUGGUACCAGGACGACUGCUACAGCACGCAGGGGCUGCCUGCUGCUGUUGUCGACCAGCUGUGGGGAGAGGUGGACGAACGCACGGCCAUGCUGCUUCAAGAGAGCCCCAGGUCGCCUGUGAGCAUAGCAGACAGCACGGAGUGGUUCCCCUUCAUCCAUCACGACGCCGCCAACCCGCAGUUCCCCGCCUUCCUGCGCUCCCUGCUGCUCAAGCGUGCCGCCUCCUCCACACGCUCCUCCCUGCACACCCCUGCCAGCAGCACCGACAGCCACCUGCUGCCCCACAACACCCCGCCCCUCGGCCCACAAUUACAUGGCAUACAAUCACAUGGGGUACAGUCACACGGGUUGCUAGUUACUGCAGUGCCAUCCACUAAUGCUGUCUGCUCCUUCUGCUUGCUGUCUCUUCCUGCUGCUUCUGCCUGUGUCUCUUCCUGCUGCUUCUGCCUGUGUCUCUUCCUGCUGCUUCUGCCUGUGUCUCUUCCUGCUGCUUCUGCCUGUGUCUCUUCCUGCUGCUUCUGCCUGUGUCUCUUCCUGCUGCUUCUGCUUGCUGUCUCUUCCUGCUGCCACUGCUUGCUGCAUCUGCCUGUGCCUCUCCCUGCUGCCUCUGCACCAAGCAAUCCCUCUGUGCCUCUCUGUGGGAUGCUCCAGAAAUCCCUCUGGUGGAUGCAGCAGCAAGGAGAGAUCAGAGGGUCGGAGAGCGUGGUCCACAGCGUCGUGGGCAGCAGCAUGGCGUUGGAUGGCGCGAGCAACGAUAGGAGGGUGGGUGAGGUGGGGGAGGUGUCCGUGUGUGGGUAG